AUGUACUGGCACACGGCGGGCCUCGUCUGGGCUUGGCCCAAGUCGACCCGCACUCGGACUGUGCCCACGAGCUUGCCGAGCUUCCAAGUGGAUAGCCCCUCCACCAUCAGCAACGGCGCCCUUCAAGUCACCCCAGACUCCGCCUCCGCCGACUUCAAUCUCUUCAAUAACUCCGGCCGCGUUCUCCUCCUGCGGAGGUUCAAGCUCUGGCACGACGCCACCGCCCCAGCCGCCUCCUUCAACACCUUAGAUUUAUUAAGUAUAAUUAAUUUAUUUUUGUCAUACCUUAUUCCCAAAAAAAUAUAA